AUGGCCCAGGUCAAGUUAGAGCUACGCCCACCUCCAAACGUCGACUUCGUUCAUGGCUAUCCUGGUAUUCCACCUGGCGCUCCAGAUCGGCCCCAAGCCGCGGUAAAGGGUGCCAUCGAGGUUCGUGUCCCGCAGCAGGGGGUCAAGGCGAAAUGGGUGCGAAUCGAGUUGAGGAAGGUGGAGACGCUGCCCGGGGGUGGACAGGCCAACACAUAUUACGACUUCGUUGGACCGAGUCCAGUGAAUUUGUGGAACUCCCCAGAGGAUUACGGCCUACUACGUUCUCAAGAUUUCCCAUUUUCGAUUCGGAUACCUGAAUCAAUUCCACCCAGCAUCGCAUUGGAAAAUCGAGCUGGGAUCAAUUAUGAGCUGGUAGCUAGUGUAUGCACCAAAGGCAAAAAAGGAUUUCUUCGAAAAGCCAAAUCGGUGGUUGUUUCCACCCAGGCGACUAUCAUCAUCGAUAAACAUGAGCUACACUCUACCUGGCCCGUCUACUGCCAACCCGAGACCCGGCACCUUGCUCAAGAAGGCGUCAACCUCAUCGUCCAGCGCAACCAUACCUGCUACGGGCCUGGUGAUCGUAUCUCCGUCAAUGCCACUGUCAAAUCUGACAGUUUACAUACCAUCAUCCUCCGAGGGUUUGAAAUAUCGCUCAAGGAAUCGACUGUCUUCCGCGCGGGGCCAUAUGCCCAAGGAAAGAAAGCCGCCCCACAAGUCAGGGUGGUCAACGUAUGCGAGAACAAACUUGUCGUGAAUGCGACGUUAUAUGGUGGUACACAACAUCAAGCGGAAUUGUGGUGCCUGCUCAACCAAAACCAUACGACGACCACUCUCAACGCGGCCAGACAUAUAGAUGUCACAUACACCUUGUCCAUUAAGGCGCUGAUGGGCACUGGGACGCAUCUCAUAAUGGACUUACCUGUGAUCGUGUCCAAUUGGCAAAGUCAUGUAUCUGCCGAAGCUAUUAGGCGUAUUGGACCAGCCCCCAGUCUCUCUCUUCUUCCCGUGUCGAAUACACCAACUUCCCAACAUCUGGGAUCUAGAGAGCCUCCACGCGGAAUAUCACCUCCAGCUCUAUCGGGAGCUGGUGCUGCGAAUCCUUAUUCUACCCUUCCCACGGCAGCGUCGUCCACCGCAAAGCUACCAGCCGAUGAACUGGGUUAUGGGGCUGGGUACGGCAUCAAGCCUCCAUAUGCCACACACCAGCCAACGAAGAGCAAUACCCUCAAUGAUGACUUCCCGCCUGUCCGUCCAACGCCCACGAUCAACACCAACCUCAAACCCAUCACACCGCCCCCUGCAGCAGUUCCGGCCGCGACGCCAGCGACGACCACGAACGGUAGGACAACGGGAGUGGGAAACAGACCUCGUUCAGCGGGUGGUCCGGGUGGCGGAAAUAGGUUCACCAUCAUGAAUGCCCAUCCUACCGAAAUUUCAAAUGACCAUGGACCUGCUACGACCAAGAAUUGGCUCUCCGCAGAGGAAGAAAAGGCGCAGUUAUUUGAGAAGGCUAGAAAGCGGGUGGAGAUGACGCAAGGUGCUCAUGCUGCUCCACCUCCUUCAUCUGCAUCCCCACCUCCUACAUCCCAGACAUCGCCUCCCCGGACCGCAGCGGCAGCGACCGGCAAUCCUGCCAAUUGGCUGUCAGCCGAAGAUGAAAAGUUACUGUACCAGAAAGCUACAAAUGCAGUGCAACAGACGCAAGGAGUUCGGCCGCCUUUGCAGUACUCCGAUCCCAUUAAGAGCGUGUCCGGUAGCAGCACUUCCAAGCCUUCAGCAGCAGCAGUCAUGUAUGCGCAAGCUAUCUCUGCUCGGAACAAUAAGGCAGAUGCUUUGCAAAAGCAGGCAACCAGAACGGCCUCACCCCCUCCAGCUCAAGUACCCAUUCCCGCCGUUGCCAAGGUGCCUGCUGUCACUGCCAAAGUACCCGUUGUUGCACAAGGAUCUGCUCCUUCUCGGGUGCCUUCUGCUGCUCCUUCUGUACAGACACCAGCCCCACGUUCAGCUUCGUUUAAACCCGCAGUUCCACAAUAUUUGACUGCAGAACAAGAAAAAGCUGCUUUGAGGCGAUACGAAGAAGCAAAGAGGGCAGUGGACCGUACUCAAGGUGGAUUUAUGAGUGAAGACGGUCACGGCUCAGGAUCGAGUUCAGAUCCUAUUGCUUAUGAUUCGCUGUACCCUUCUGCCCCUGCCGGCUCUUCCUCCCAAAGUGGGCCAGCGGCAGACGAACCACCUCCAUUCGACGUUGUAGCACCACCCUCUGGUCCUCAGGCUAUUCUGUCCGAAAAGGAGCGUAUGCGACGCGUAUACGAGUCGCAGGAUGCUGCUGCACUUCGCAAUAACGCCAAUACGGAACCACCUUUGAACACGUAUUCUCCUCCGGUCCCUGGCUCUUCUUCCAGUGAUUAUGCUGACGCCCUUGCGCAAAAAGAAGCUUUGAGACGCAAAUUUGAGGCUCGUGAUGCCCUAUCGCGCGAAAACAGCGCCAAUGUCAAGCCACAAACGCCUCCUCGUUCUAAUAGCACUAGUGGAAAUUUCAGAUCUCCUGCACGAACUCCGAGCGCUAGCUCUACGGGAGGUCCGCGGCCAACACCCGUACCACCCACUGCGGGGGGGAGUGGUAGGGUACUAACGGCCAUCGAAGAAAAGGCUAUGUUAAAGGCCAGGUACGAAGCUAUGGAGGCUCCUCAACCGCUGCGCAUGAAUGGAAGCACUCUAAGUCCAUUGAAUGGCCGACAAGCCAAUGCGAGUGUUUCCCCUCCUCCUUUCUCCAGUGCUCCUGGUCGCGUUGGAGGAUCUCCUGCUCCUCCUGCGCAAACUCCCCCACCUCUGAUGCCCAGACCUCCCGCGGAAUACAUCCAAGAAACACAGGCGGAAGAUGCACGUGUUUCGAGGUUCACCAUGAAUGGAGAGAAUCCGUCUUUAGAUGACCAUGACCAUCUGAACCAUUCUCCGAACAUGAUCAAUGGGAAAGGUAAUCGGGCUCCAUCCCCGUUGCCCAGUGCGGCUGCGAAUGACCAGCAGCAGUUCACACCUCUCCUGGCUGGAUAUGAGGGAUCCAGUGUUGCUCUCAAGUCUCCUGGGCCCCCACCCCCGCUUCCACCGAAACCUGCUGAGUGA